ACCCUGACUGUGUCCUCACAAUAUCAAGGUUAUCUAUCUGGUAAAAUUGAGUAUCUGUCCAACAAGAAAUCAAUGGCUUUGAUUGAUGGUACAUUUAGCAUUUCCCCAGUUGGAUUAAUGAGUGGAAAGUUCGAAGCAAAGAUGAGUCAUUAUGAUGAAUCGAAAACACUGAAGAUUACAAUGGAUCAAUCCAACGAGCGAGGUGAAACUGUUACCAGAUCAUCCGUUGUCCUUCCUACUGGAGACACAAUCACGAUGGAAAACCGUGGACAAUGGGGCAAUAAGAAGAGUCUGAAUACAAUUCUGAACACCCCAUAUGAAAAUCUUCGCAAAAUGACCAUUGGCGCCGAGUUUUCUGGCAAUUCCAAAUCCUUCCAUACCAGCGCUAACCUGAUGAUCAGUCCACUCUUUGGGCCAAUGUCUGUUACAUCCCAGUGGAGUUCAUAUGGUGGAAUAAUUGCCAGCAUUCAGGUCAACACUCCAUUUGAACCUUACAAACAAAGCCGUAUUUCUUUUACACAUAAUGAUCAGAGGGAAAAGAAAACAACAGAAUUGAGUGUUGAAUAUUUACCAGGCAAGACAAUCAAGUUGGAGUCUACUUUGCUACCAAGUCUUGAAAACUUAGAGGGCAGCAUUGCCUUAACAACACCAUUCCAAGAACUCCCCUAUUCAGCAGCUUUAAUUCGCCAUAGUGGAAAUAGUCGCCAAUUUCAAUGCCAUGGAGAGAUUGAGUAUACUCGAGGGAAGAAGAUCCAGGGUGAUAUAACCUAUUCAAAUAACAAAAAGGUUGAGGGAACCUUAGUACUUAGGUCUCCUUUUGCUAAUGAUUUCAUCGCUGCCUUUAAUCACGAGGGAUCUCUAUCUCAAUUUUCCUCCCACGCAGAAAUGCAGUACGGGAAAUCCAAAAAAUAUGAAAUAACUGGAAACUUUGGCAAUUCAGCUGGAAAUGUAAUCAUUAAAUCUCCCCUUCAUGAAGACAUGUCUGCUUCUUUUAAACAUAGGGGAAGCAUUUCUGACUUUGAUACACACAUUGACGCCUUGUAUGGCAGAGGGAAAAAGUACGAAUUGGAUGCCAAAUACCAUCAACUAUCUGGAAUGCUAAGCUUCAAAUCUCCACUCUUAAAAGAUAUGAGUGCUUCAUUUAGCCACAAAGGAGAGUUAAAUGACUUUGCGUCUACUGCUGAAUUCCAGUAUGGAAAAUCAAAGAAGUAUGAAGCAAAAAUGCAGCUUUCACUGGCUAAAUCCUCAACAGGAUCAGUUUCAUUUUCCUCUCCAGUCACAGAAGAUUUUGCAGCAUCCUUUUUACACGAAGGCCCAAUGAAAAUCACUUUUGAUGGUAAAUAUGGAAAACAUAAGGGUUCAGUCAUAUCAGCGUUUAAGAAUGCAAAGAAGAUUCUUGGGUCGUUAGAGCUUAAAGCUACCUUUUUCGACAACAUGAAAGCCGAAUUUUCCCAUGAAGGCAGUCUAAGCAAUUUCGAAACUAGUACGUCUUUCAUAAAGGGAGGAAAGGCUUUAAUCGAAGGGUCUGUGGUAUUUUCAACUGGAAAGAGAAUAACUGGCUCAGUGACAUUGAAAACACCAUUCCACAGGGAUAUUUCAGCAUCAUUCAAACACUCUGGUGAUCUUUCCAAAUUUCAGACCACUGGGAACAUAAAGAUGGACAAAAAACUACAGUAUAAAUUGAACAUUAACGCUCAAAUGAAAAAGAGAGCAAAAGCAACGAUCCAACUUGAGAACCCUUUUACGGAUCCCAUUAAGAUAACUAUGACCAAGAAAGGUAAACCAGCAAACAUGAGAAUAAUUACCAAUGCACUUAUCGGAAAAGGAAAGAAAUAUACGACUGAUAUCACCUUGAAACGAGGAUCAGCAUCUGCUGUUAUUGUAAACAUCAUCACUCCUAUACCAGGAUACAAGAAAGUAAAAGGAAUUUGGAACUUUAGUGGAAACAAGAAGAGUUUCAAAACAAGUGCUCGAGGUUCAAUUGGAAAAGAGUCCAUUGCUGCAGAUAUCAAAAUGUCUCUCAGGCCAAACUUCAAGGCUGACCUUUCGGUGGAGACACCCUUUAAAGGAUACAAAAAGGCUGGUGUCAUCCUCUCUCAUCAAGGUUCACUAAAGAACUUCCAGUCUCAUGGGGAGAUUACUGUGGGAAAGAACAAACUCUACAAUGCAGAUAUUAUGUUUGCUAUAGAUCCCAAGAUCGCUACCUCUAUUGCGCUCCAAACCCCAUUCAGAAACUUUGAAAAAAGCGAAUUUUCUGUGACACAUGAUGGAUCUCUGAGAAACUUCAACAACCAGGUCAAUAUCUUAUUCCCGAAUAAAAAACGCAUUUUGUCUAGUCUCAAAGUGGACUCUCGAUCAGAUAUUUCAGUAGAGGUCUCACUCCAAACACCCUUUAAAGACUAUGAAAUGAUGCAAGGAACAUUUACCCAUAAAGGCAACUGGAAGAAUUUCCAAAUUCAUGCCGAAGGAUCUGAUGGAACCAAUAAGAAAUUGACGGGAGAAAUCGGAAUGAGCCUUCUUGAUCAAAUAUCUGGUUAUCUUAAAUUCACAAGUCCCUUUAAAUCGGCACAACUAGUAAAGGCAAGCUUAUCACACGACGGAACAUAUAACAAUUUCCGCAGUCAUGCCGAAUUUGAACUUAAUAAUGACAAAUCUGAAAUUGAUGUCAAUUUCAGUUCCCUAGUGAAACUAGAAGGGAAAGUUCUUGCCAAGUCACCAUACUUUGAAACGAUUGACGGCACCUUCGCACAUGAAAGCUCUCCCAUUUUGACUACAGCUGCAAUCAAAUAUGGAAGAAGAAGUCUGUUAGACGGAAAAUUGUCGUUGAAAUCAUCUCCCCUCCAAGGAUCUUUGUUUGUGAAUUCUAUCUACAUUAAACCACUGAGAGCCAGCGUAUCUCACUCAGGAACACAAAAAAGAUUUAACACCAACUUGGAAAUCUCUUAUGGAAAAGAAAACAUAAAAUCUAGUACAGAAUUCGACUCCACAAAUGAUAUAUCUGCUAGAACCUCAAUUACAACAACAUAUGGAAAAGUUAAAACUGUAGCUGCUUCAUUUUCACAUGUUGGAAGUCUGAACAACUUCAAAUGUCAUGCUGAGGCAUCUGCCAAUGGUGAGACUGUUGAAGGUGAUUUAGCAUUUUCAAGCAUUAACUCCCUUGAGGGAACACUGUCCAUACGCACACCAUUUGCUGAUUAUAGGGAAAGUGAUUUCCUCUUCCGACACAAUGGUGGUCUACUUAAUUUCAACAGUCAUGCUGAAUAUUCACUUGAAGGCAAAAAAUCUGAAAUUGAGUUGAACGUUGAAAUGGACAAGAGAGUUAAAAUUAUCGGAUUUGUUAAAAGACCGUCUACAAAUGAUGUCAUCUUUAAACUAACUCAUGCGGGAUCCAUCCAGAAAUUUAAGUGCGGAACUGAGUUGACCUAUGGAGGAGAAAAGAAAAUCCAAGGAAAAGUGUCCUUUGAUACAAUUCCUUCACUUUCCAUCCAAGCUUCCCUGACAUCAAAAUGUCCAGUCGUCAAGAACAUCCAGCUUUCUAUUUCACAAACUGGUGCAUCUGAAAAUUUCAACAUCAAAUCUUCAGCAAGUUUCAAUGGAAAAGAAAUAACCGGAAAUGUUGGGCUUGACCGACGCAGUGGAAUCAAUGGUUACGCAACACUGAGAACGCCAAUUUCUGAGGAUAUCAUGGCAUCACUCAAGCACAAUGGUCCCUUAACAAACUUCCAAACUCUUGCAGAAAUUUCAUACAGUGGAAGAAAGCAAAUCGAAUUUGACGCAUCACUCGAUGCCUCAUCAUCUAUUAUCGGACAGUUAUCAUUGAAAACUCCCAUAAGUGAAAUUAAUGACAUUAAGGCUAAUUUCCGUCAUGAAGGGGAUCUAGAUAACUUCAAAACUUCAGGAUCAGUCAGUGUAUCUGGGAACGAAAAACUUUCUGGAGAUAUGUCCUACAGUUCCAGCCCGAUAUCUGGAUCAUUCAAUAUCAGAAGCGUGCUUGGACAAUUAAAUGGAGCCUUCAAUCAUGAGCAGUCACUAAGGUCAAUGAAAUCCCAUGCUGAACUUAAUGUUGAUGGAUACAAUACCCAAAUAGAUGCCACUUACUCCAACGAUGGUAUUAAAGAAGGAUCCGUGUCUAUAUCAAGCCCAUUCUGUGGAAAUAUUGGCGCUGUUUUCACUCACGAUUACAAUGACUAUCAAAUUACAAGCAGUAUAAAAUUGCAUUCAGAAGACAAAGUUAUUGCUGCAGCAACUGAAGUUGCCUUCGUUGAUGGAGUAAGUGGGAAAGUUUCUUUGAAAACUCCAUUCAAAGGAUACGAACAGCAAUCUGUUUCCGCUAAAUAUACAUUCACUGAUGAUUUAACUGGAGAAUUUACUAUUGAUUACAAUAAUGGACAAAAGAUUGAGGGACAGAUGUCAAUAAUAGGAACAGACUCCGUAGUAGGAAAACUUAUCAUCAAAACUCCCUUCGAAGGCUUCAGAGAGUCCAGUGCUGACGUAUCAUAUACCCUUUCUUCCUCAGGCCUUAAAGCAAAUGCUAAAGUCACAUUCCGUCAGCAGAGCAUUUCUUCUGAAGUUAGUUUUGCCAAGAAUCCCCUCCAAGGCAGCGUUCUACUGAGAACACCAUUUACUGGCUUUGAAGAAUUGAAAUCUUCCUUCAACCAUGUCAGUUCUAGUUCUGGCUUCAAAAACCACAUUGAAGGAACAAUUGGAGGAAAAACAGUUCAAGCUGACACUUCCUUUAACCACAGGAGUUCAAUAAGUGCAAGUACUUCGAUUAAUACCCCUAUACAGGGAAUGAGAAAACUCUCAGCCUCUUUCAACCAUGAAGUCAAAGACAGUGGUUUUUCGACCGUAGCUAAAGCAGGAAUUGAAAAAGAAGAAAUAUUAGUCGAAGCCAGUUUCAACAAAAGACCAAGUUUCACAGGCUCUCUUAAGGUUUUAACUCCUUUCUCGGGAUUUGAAGACCAAAAAUUGUCCUUCAAUUUUGAAAAGACUCUGAUGGGUUAUCAAUCGCAAGCGGAAGCUACAUAUCAGAAGAAGAAAAUCGAAGUUACUGGUAAUAUAAAUAUCGAUACAAUCGUUGAUGGAGAUCUCCAAAUCACCACGCCAUAUUCAGGCUUUGAAAAACAGAAAAUCACAUUCAGAGGCGAAAGUAACAAAAUACACGGUAUAUUAUUAUUCAGACAGAAAUCAGUUGAAGUUAAUGGUGAACUAUCACCUAGUCAGGGAUUCCUCUCCGUUGCGUCAACUUUCCCCGGUUUUGAGAGUCAAAGUAUAAGCUUUACAACUAAUGGCAAAAAAUUUCAUGUAGAUGGCACCUUUAGACAAAAGACCAUUGAAAUUGAUUCAUAUUUGUCUGCCAACAAAGGCAGUCUGUCGAUCAAAACACCUUUUAUUUCUUACGAGAACCAGAAUGUACUGUUUACUAUUGAUGACAGAAAAGUUCAUGUAGAGGCCACUUUUAGACAAAAGACCAUUGGAAUCGAUGGAGAAAUUUCAGCCACAAAAGGUAGUCUUUCAGUUAAAACACCUUUUGCUUCUUACGAGAAUCAGAAUGUACUGUUUACCAUUGAUGACCAGAAAGCCCAUGCAGAGGCCACUUUCAGACAAAAGACUAUUGAAAUUGAUGGAGAACUUUCUGCCGACCAAGGAAGUCUCUCCAUUAAAACACCUUUCACUUCAUUCGAGAGACAAAACAUCAAGUUCUCAAAGAAGGGUUCCAAAAUGCAACUGGAGGGAACUUUUAUGGAGAAAACUGUGGAAAUGGACAUCACUUUCAAAAGAGGUAAAAAAGUGGAGGGACAAAUUGUAAUUAGGACGCCAUUCCAGGGAUAUCUUCAACAGGAAGCUUUCUUUUCUCACGAAAUGACCAGUGAGAGUUGCCAGACACAUGCCGAGAUCCUCUUUAAUCAACAGAAAUCAGAGUUUGAUCUCAAUAUUAUCAAGGGAAGGAAAAAUGGAUUUAAAGUAUCUCUUAGAACACCUUUCAAUGGCUUUGAAGAGCAGGACUUCCUUCUUGAGGUUGAGCGAUCAUCCAGAGGUUUAACUGGACGCGCAGAAGGCAACUUUAAAAGAGAGAAACUUGAAGCUGAUCUCAAUAUUGAACUUCAGCCACAAAUCUCGGCCAGUCUUAUUGUAAAAACACCUUUCGAAGGAUACGAGAAGCAAAACGUGCAAUUCACAUACCAGAUGACAACUCGAGACAUCAUAUCCCAUCUGGAAGGUUCAUUUCUUAGGCAAAAAUUAGAGGCUGAUCUUUCUGCUUCCAUUCAAAGUUCAGGACUGAAUAUGAACUUAAAGAUGCAAACACCCUUCAGUGGUCUUAAAAUCGUUAGCGCCCAAGCAUCAAGUUCUUGGUCCUCAUAUGGAUAUCAUAUCCAUGUGGAAGGGGGAAACAAUAAAGACAAACUCGAGUUUGAUAGUUCUCUGGAUACUUCAGACGCAGUUUUGGCUUCCAUGUCUCUCAAGACACCCUUCUCUGGUUUCGAGUCAACAUCAUUGACAUUCAACAAAGAUGGACCUUUGAAGAAUCUAGAAGUAUCUGGCACUUUAAUCUUUGGAUCUUCUCAAACAGCAUCAAUCUCCCUACGUAACAUUGUAAGAGAAUCAUCAUCCGAACACAUGCUGAAAAUCCAGAGCCCUUUCGCUGAUAUUUCUGCUAUGCAUACACAGUCCUCCGAUAGUGGUUCAGUUCAAUCCCAGAGCGAAUUUACCAUUGGUGACCGGUACAGUUUAACCCAUACUAAUUCUCUGCGGUACAAUGCUAAUCCUUUGAUUGACUUCACGUCUACAACUACCUACACCAUUGAUGGUGUUAGCUCCACAACAAUGACUAAGGUACAUCACGAGGGCUCACUUCGUAGCUUCAAGACUGACGUCACGACAAGGUAUGGAAACGAAGAAGCAACUGUAUCCGUGCAGUUCAAAAAUACAGACACCAUCGAAGGCUCCCUGACAGUAAAAUCACCAGUGCCAUUCCUUCGCGACAUAAACACCAAGUUUUCCCACAGUGGUGACUUGGAUCAGUUUACUACCUCCGGUGAUUUCCAGCAUGAGAAGACAGGAAAAUUAGAAGGAACCUUGACAUUCUUUAGACAGAGCUGGCGUCGUGUCAAUUCUAAUUUGGUUAUCAAAACACCUUUCAGUGGAUUUGAAAGAACAAAACUGAGCUUGAAACACACGGCAAAUAGAAACAGCGUCAGAUCAUUUGUUGAUGUUGCAUACGGAAAUGACCAAAAUAUCCGCGCUUCAGCUAAAGGAUCCAUUGAGCCUAUGGAAGCAGAAUUAUCAUUUACAUCUCCAUUUACAGGAUUAGAAAAUCUCCAAGCAAGUGCCAAAACUUCAAAUAUAGGAGGUAAAUACAACGGAGAUUUGGUCCUAUCAAGUCAAGACCGGGAAAUAUCUUUAAAAUCUAAUCUUGAUCUGGACUCAACACCUAUGACAAUUGACAUCGUUCUCGCAACUCCAUUUUCUGGACUGGAAUCGAUUAAACUUGCUGGAUCCCACAAGGGGACAUAUUUUGAUUUCAGCACCAGUGUUGGUCUGCAAACUUCGGCCGGCAAUGCAAAAUCUGAUGUUCGCUUCAUGUUCAAUUCUAUUUCUGAUGCCGAUUGUUCGUUUACCCUUGUCAGUGACAUGAGUGGUCUUGAAAAUAUCAAAUUCAGUAUUAAGAACAAUAAAAAUGGGGACGAAUAUAGAAACAAACUGGAAGCUUCGUGGAUGAACGGCCAAAGUAUUGUAUCUGAUGCCACAUAUUCCAGCAGUGAAUCGUGGAGAAUCACCACACGUAAAGCAGGACUUACCAUCAGCACUCCUUUCAGUCAGCUAAGAACACUCACUAUUCAAGGAAAUAACGAAAAAUCAACAGACUCUCUUAAACAAGCAAUGCUUGCUGAGAUAAAUGGUGAAAAAUUAUUAGACAUGGACAUUGCAUAUGAGAAGAAUAAUAAACACACUAUUUCCGCCGUGAUGAGAGAACCACAGCCCAUGAAAUUCGAAGGGGAAACUGUUUUCUCUGAUUCCAUUAAAUCAGCACUGGUUUCCAUUAACUUGGAUACAACAUCGACGGAAAGGCAGGCAAAAUUAGAAACUAAGUAUGUAGUAGACCCAUACACUCAGAAAAAGGAAGCUCUAGUCAAAAUGUCGACACCUAGCAGGUCUGUUGAAGUAAAGGGAACCGGAGAAAUGUCAUCUAACCGAAUGCUUACAUCUUGGGAUAUCCUGAUUGAUGAUACACAGACAUUUGGAUUUGACGCUGAACAUUCAUUGGUCAAAAGGCGUUCUAACUAUGCUAAUGGAAACACACUGAAGUUAAGAUUCCCCGAGAGAAGUGUUGCCCUUUUUGGAUCCUUUGAAGAUAAAUAUGGUAAAAAGUCUGUAGAUGGUUCCGUCAUGUGGGAUGCAGACAGAGACACUUCCAAGAAAAUUGGUAUCAGUGCUAGCGUCAUUCCCCAAGGAGACUCCUUCAAAGCUGAUGUGUCCUUUGAAAUUCCAAGUAUUGGCAAGGAUGUCAAGUUGGAUUCUGAAAUGACCCUAAAUCAAGGAAGUAUUCUAUUCGAUGGUAAGACGGAAUUCAAAUACUCCAAAGACGAAGACAAAACUGUUGUUAUUAACUCACGAAUUGAGGAUGUUUCAACCGGAUUGAAAAAGAACUACACCUUUAGCCUGGGACUGAGACACAUUUUCAGCAGUGUUGAUGUUCAAUUAAAAUCACAUGUUGGAAUGGCAGAUGACAUGUACACUAGUGGAAUCAAAGUUGACUACAUGACAGCAAAGCGCAUCAAGAAAAACUUUGCACUGAUGGGUGAAAUAGACAGCCUUCGUCGUCAAAUGAAAGUAGAGGUUGUCUCUCCCAUAAAAUCGAUGAUCAUGUCUGGAAAAAUCGAGUCGAAGCCUUUCAAGCUGAGUUUGCGCAAUGUGUACGAUAAUACCAAGGAGAUUAAUUCUCAAAUCACCUUUGACCCUGAAAAUAGACUUCUAGCUGCCCAAAUGAACUACGAUAUCGAAAACCCAGCCAAUGUUUUACACUUUGUGGCUAAGUAUGUAAAUGACAGCGCUGUCCAAACGGAGGUGUAUCGAAUUGAGAACUCGCGCAGAAUGACUGAGGGUCUUCUUGCAAUGAGACUGAACACGUCCAGAAUCUUACACACCCGUGUCCACUGGUGUCCACUAGUGAUUCAAGAAAUCAAAGCAUUUGGACUUGGAAAAAUUGGUCUUAAUGGCAGAAGAAUAAACACUGCUUUCUCUGAAGCAGCAAAGGCCAUUGGGAACGAACUGAACUCUAAAUACAAUUUGAUUCGUCAGUCAGUCAGCGAUGGAUAUCGACCAUAUGGUGAAUUCAUGGAGGAAAUCAUUGCAGAAAUUGCGAGAACUUACCCAAAUAUUGACCUCAACAUCAUUAGGCAAAUGAUUCAAAGUAACCCUGUCCAAUGGGAGGAUUUUCCUGGUAAAGACAAGUAUGAUCUUUACGUGGAGGCAAUCAAAGAACUCAUGACACUUGUUGAAUCGAAAGGAGGUGUGUAUUAUGCAAACAUAAUGGACUUCAUCGGACAACAAUUUGUCGAUUUGUCUGCUGCCAUUGAGACGGCUAUGAACAAAUAUCAAGAUGCAGUGUCCAGAAUCUCAGGAAACCAAGUAUCCGAGUACAUAAAAUCCAAGUACGAUGUAUAUUCAAAGACACUGGGUGAAAUUAGAGUUCCAGACAUGGCCAGCCAGUACACUAAUGCUAUCUAUAAUGUCAGAGACCAAAUUGCUUCCAGGAUGAAUGGACCUGUUUUAGAAACUAUUAAGAAAUCUGGAGCUCAGAGCUACAAACUGGCUUCCGAUGCAUACAAAUUCUGGGAAGUAGAAGAAAAUGUCAAAUCUGUGAUGAAGAACGUUUUUGAUAUGAUAAAGAAAGACAUUGAGGAGGAAUUUGCCAUCCUCAAAAAUUCCAUUUCCAACUUACAAAACUCUAGAAUUACCGUUUUCGAUCCUAAAUCGGGCGAAAUACAGAUGGACACAUACCUGCCAGUUGCCAUGUCCUCUCUGAAAGAACUUCCUAAAGUAUCUGUCACCAAAUAUGUCAACAGAUUCCACUCCUAUAUUCCAAAAUAUUCCAACAAAUGGGGAUCCGUAUCUGACUAUAUUCCUAAUUCCGAUGUCUCCAACUGGAUUCCACCAUUCAAAGCCGUUGCCUCCCUUAAUAGAAACCACAUUACCUCUUUUGACGGUGAGGAGUUCGACUUUUCUGGAAAAUGUUCCUAUGUGUUAGCACGUGACUAUGUUGAUGGUAACUUCUCUGUCAUUAUGAACUACCUCGGCAAAGACAAGAAACAACUCAUCAUCACAACAGCUACACAGACUCUGCAAAUAGCCCCUAACGGAAAGCUGCGUAUUGAUGGUAAAAUAGUCAGCGCCCCCUACCAAUCCCGGGAACUAAGUGUCGAGGCUGACGCGGAGCUGUUGAGCGUGCAUGGCCGUGGAUUCGACGCUUUCUACAGCAUUCCUAGAGAUCAGCUAAAACUUGUUGUCAGUGGAUGGUACCAUGGGAAGUUAGGAGGAAUUUUCGGAACCAACAACAAUGAAGUCUAUGACGACAUGAUGACAUCAUCACGCAGCACCGUGACAGAUGUUGAUCCAUUUGUUAACAGCUGGGAGGUUGACAGCAAAUGUCGUUAAACUGAGGAACUGUUGUUCACAACUAACAUUGAUUUUUAUUAAUUCGUUGAAUACUGAUUAAAGUUUUUGUAUGUUUUUUUCUGUUGAUUAAACAAUUAAAGAAAUCUAAAGCAGCAAA